CAAACACAAAAAUGUAACGACUUUUUUCCGUUAUCGGUCGAUUGCCUUCGACGGGUGCUUCGUCAGGAAGACAGGUUUUAGGCGACGGGAAGAAACAGUGAAUAACUAAUUCCAGUGGAAUGUGAUUAACUUGAAGCAACAAAGAAGUAAUCGACUAACUGCAUUCGAAUCGCGGAGUGAAAACGUCAGUGUCAUAAUUGUAGUGCUUUUGCAAACCGUGGAGCACCAAGAACAGUCGACAGCCGUUCGGUUUGCUUUCGGUAAAUUCGUUUGACUUCAAACAUAUAAUUAUCUGCCACUGCAAUUGGGAGCGCGCAGCGCUACCUCGAUUGUGACCCCGGUCCGAAUUUAACAGUUUGAAUCGUUCCACCCCUGGUGGCCACCCGGCGCCUCUACGGCGGCAAAGAAGAGCCUCAUCAAAAGUGAAACAAUCGCAAUAAGAUCGCGCCGCGCAACAACGUCGCAUCAAGGAGGGAUGCUGUUCUGCGUGAUCUUGGCGUUCGCCCUUCUGAGUGCAGUCGUCAUCUAUGCCAUUUUCACCGUUGCUUUUUGGUUCUGCUGCGAAGAGUGAAGCGUGUGCGUGUGUGUUUGCGGCGUUCGAUAGAUUGGCAAAACACGUGAUCGAAUCCGCGUGGCUCGUGAGUGUUGGCGCAACAGAAGAGAUGUGCUUUUGAAAUUGAUGAUCACCGAAGUGCCUGUUGAAGGAUGAAGAAGAGUGCGGUCAUUAGCAGCAAGAGAAGAAAAACAAAUUCAAAACGUGUAGCGGCUACUGGUCAGAGUGUUUGCAUCUGAUACUGGAGAAAAUGUGUGCAAUUUGAAUGCUUGUUAGAAGGUGUAAACAUGUAAAGCUAAGAUUUGAAAACCAACUUUGGUUGAUGCAGUCAAAGUUAAAUAAGGGAAGGUUUUCAAUUGCUGCCUGUUUAUUAAUCGACUUCGGAUCCGGUAUUAUGAAGUCAUGACAAAAAAUCAUCACAAGAUUGUUAGCAAGAUACAUUCCCUAAUACAGAGCCAGUGACAAUGCUCGUCCCAGUUUAGUGCCCGAAAGAAAUGGAAACCAUCAAAAGUCUGCUGCAGCAGCCACCUUCUAGCAGUGCUCCUCUCGUCACCAACGCCCAUCCCGUUACGAAUUUUGAUGACCUCAUCAAGGAUCAUCACCCGCACGUGCUUGCCCCAUUGCAGCCCACCAAAUACAGCACUACCAAUGGAAUCACCACCUCCAGUCCAAAUCUUGCAAAUACCGCCAACGAUUUCAUUCCGCCACUGCCAGCCAGCACCAACUGCAAGCAGCCACCUGUUAUCGUAGGUGUUGCGGUGAAGCGAACUCUACGGAAACCAACCGCAUCCGAUCCGCCUAGGCAAGAUGUGGAACGACCCAGCGGAACAAUCGGCACGGGUUUGGCUGAAACCCUCGAGCGGUGGCACAGUGACAUCUUUGAAUGUCGUCCUGCCGUACCACCGUUUGGGAACCAAAAUGGGGAGGCGGCUGCUAAAGGAGAUGUUUUUGCCGCCGGGGUUGACGGCGGUGAUUGUAACAACAACUGCCACGGGAAUUCGACCCAGAUUGUGACGAUGACGGAUAACAGCGGCAAUGUGGACGAUUUGAUCGAUUUCAGUUCGGAGGUGGAGGUGGCCCCGGUAGCGGCACCAGUGAGUUCCAUUGAACAGGUGGCAACUUUGAAGCCGAAAGUGAAAAAGGUAACGUUCCUGUUGGAUGAUUUGCUGGUGGGCAGUAGUGGCGAGGAGGACACCGUGUACGAACCGGAGGAAGACGAAUUUCAAGAAGAUGAAAGCGAGCGAUGUGUAACAAAAGAAGCAACACAAGUCGGCCCCGGUGAAGGGGAUGUAAGUGAUCCGUUCGGCUGCGGGCGGAGGGUGGUUGGGUGGUACCCGCGUGCGACGGAAGUGGGUGGUAAUGAAAUAUCAACAGAGGCUAUGCAAACAGAUGACAUUGUUUCUAUCGUUGCUGAACACGGAGGUCGCAACGUGAUGAGAGGAAACGAGAAGGGCCACUGCGCAAGUGCGUCGCUGUUACAUGGUCAUGGUUCCCUCGACUGCCAGCAUCUUGUCCGGAUAGGGGGAGAUGCUUUGAUUCCAACCGUCAUUGAGGAGCUUCACAGUUCUGCCUUACCGACAAACAGCAUCACUAAUACCAGUGCCGCGCUGGCGGUUGGGUGGAUGAAUUCCGAUACACUGCCAUGGGGAGGGAGGAAAAUCGACGAAAUUCCGGAGGAAAGUGCAUGGAAGCAGAACGCAUGUGCAGAAGCUGGCAACAUUGGUCCUGGUGGAGACUGGUCGUCGUUGUCAGUUGGAGCACACUCGGGUAGUGAAUCGAUCGAUGCCAGCCGAGACAACGACGGUGAGAAUAACAGAGAAGAGGGCAAUAUUGUUGACGUUCAGGAUGUGCAGGAUGUUUCGGAAUGGCAGGACAGUAGGAAUGGUGGUAGCACUGUCGGGGCAGGUGUUCGGUUUGGCCGAAGCGUGUCCGAACUGCCAUUCGUCGAGCCUCCAAGACUCGACGAAACGGACUCGAGCCAGCAGAAUCAGCAGCCAGUCGUCAAACAAGUAGAAAAUGUUGUAACAUCAGUACCUACUGGUAUUGAACAGCUGGGAUUUGGAUCAGAAAAUCUACCAAAUUCUAGGCAAGCGUGUGAAAAAUCGAUCCAAGUUCCUUCGCCAUUACAUCGUGCGACGGUUGGUGUGGAAAAUAGUGGCCAUCGUGGUGGGAAAGAGGUCCAUUUUAGUGAACAGAAAAAUUGUUACCAAAAAGGGUCGGACAGUGAGAGUGAAAAUUAUUAUGGCACUUGUUCUCCGCCACCACCUCCGUUGGUGCCACCCUCUGGGAAUCCUUCGUCGUAUGGCCUAAACGUAGAAGUGACUCUAAAUGCUCAUAUCAGUGUUCAUGGAUUAAGUGAAUUCAACUUUUUCUCAAGUUCAGGUGACAGACCUGGUGAGGAAUCUUCAUCUUCUGCGGAAGAAAAAAUCCUUAAGGAUAGUGCUACUAACACCAUCAGUGACUGUGGAGGGAACAACAACAGUAACGUUACCCCAUCGAGUGCUGACAGUGGAAUUAUUAUUAUCGACGAUGACGUAGACGAAUGUUGCUGUGAAAGGGCUUCGACGGAAACACAAAUCUGUGAACCUCUGCGGGUGAUAGCGGAGGAAAGUUCCGAGAAGAAACUCGUCGCACAGUGUCGAGAUCAGGAUACGCAGACUUUCAUUGGGAAUUUUCUGUCUCCGAAGAAGACUACCAGCGAAAUUAGUGUGCAAGUGUGUGAAAAUGGCGAUUCUGACCUACGAAACAUCGAUAGCCUAGAUUCUAGUGUGAGUGAAUCGGAAAUAGACGAGCGAAAGGAUUUACGUUUCCUGACCAAAAACACAGAUCAAUAUCUUCGACCUCCAAUCAGUUUUCUGAGUGAAAAGCACGAGUGUUUCCAGGCAAGCAAUCGUUUGAAGCGUCUGGAAGAACGAUUCCGAGGUUUUGCCUAUACGAAAAAGUUAUUACGUGAAUCUUUAACUGGUGGGGGGCAACCGCAGAAUCUUUCGUCAUCGUUAAGCUCGUUGUCGACAUUGCUGGCAGAUUAUACCAACACAAACGCAGCUUCCGUGUCUUCAUCAGUGCCAGCAUCAUCAACCCCAUCAUUGACAGCAGCUGCCCGUGCCGAGCAAGAGGAAGAGGAACAAUCCCAAGCAGGGAGAAGUUUUGUGCCAUCACGAAAAACAUCAUCCUUAAGCUCGUUACAAAAGGAUGCAUCCCCAAAUCGAACUCAAGUAGGCCAUACCCUUGCACAAAAGUGUGACAUCCCUGCUCUUCCACCCCUUUCAUCUUCACUACUCUCCCUCUCGGCAUCAUCCCUACUUUCUCUUUCCUGCAUCGAUCUCGAACGCAAACAACGACAACAGCAGCUACAAGAUCACCCAAGCAAUAGCAACUCCACAAAACAACUAAGUCCUCAACCACCGCAGAGCCCAAAGACUCCUGAUCAGCCUCUUUCCAAAGCAUCUUCUUUGCCAUCACUUCUUCCUCAAUAUCUUUUCCCUUCACCACCAUCUAGACCACCCCCUCGUCCACCACAAUUACCCGAAGAACCGUUUAUUGAAAACACCCCAAACCUUCCUCCCAAGCCCAUCCUCAGUACUCCCCUUCAACUAGACCUCCGUCCGACUGUUGCCACUCCGGAAUCCAGCGUUGAAUCGGAAGAGAUUUGUACAAUUUUCCCUGGUGGAAAACCCCGCAUUGAAGACCCUCUGGAAGUGGUAGAAACCGUAUUCAAAGAUUCCGAAGAAGAAGACUACGAAAUAAUUCCUGAUUUCCCGCGAAGUGAAAGUGAAGAAAAUCAAGAGUUUCUCAACCUAGAGAAGCUCCUAGCGGCCGAUCCGCACACCAACUGUGAGUUCGACACGCGGCAUCUGAACCAGUACGAGCCCACCGUCUACCAGAUCCGCUACUGCUACGAUGAGCUCGAGGAAGAGCUAGAGUCCGAAUCGGGGAGUGUCGGGGGAUUGCUGAUCGGUUCCGAAACGGACCGGGCCCGGGUUAGUGUCAGUGACGAAGACGGGUGCGAGUGUGUGAUCGAGGCGGUACCCAUCUAUCGUACGUUGCCGCUCAACAUGCGCGAAACGACCGGUACCCUGCGGGGGCUGCUCAAGAAGCCGAACCGGCCGCCUCCGGUCCGCAAGAAUCGGGUCGUGUUCGACGAGACGCGCAACGAGUUCUUCGAGGCGGACUACAUCAUUCUGAUCCGGGAGGACUGCCCGUACGACGAGGAGGACGAGGAACCGUGCACCUGCGGGGAACACGAGCUGGUUAGAAUAUGUUGUGACGAAGGCUGCAACUGCGGAUACACGGACGACGGACGAACGCCACCGAGUCCCAAGUUUGCUCCACCCAUCGAGUUUGUCGAUCAGGCCACGCUGAGCCCUCCCGAGGGCUACAAGGACGGCAGUGGGCUGUUGGACAAUGCGCUCGGCGGCGCCCUCGGUGGGCACGUCUUCGGUGCACAACACAUUCAGCAGCUCCAAGUUAUCCAGCGGCUUCAGCAGCAACGGGCGGCCAUGCUGGCCGCUCGGGCUGCUGCCGGUCAGCAGGGACAACAAACGGGCGGCGGCACUCAGACCUCCCAAACUGGCACCGCCGGUGGUGGCGCUGGUGGUGCCGGCGGUGGGGGAGGAAGUGUGAGUGGUGCUGGUAGUGGUGGGGCAGGACAAACAGCACAACAACAGCAGCAGCAGCAGCAGCAGCAACAACAGCAACAGCAGCAAACCGUUUGUACCGAAUGUGCCGAGUGUGCGGAGUGUGCCGCCAAGCAGUUGCAUGACGAAGAAUGCGACUCGCAAUGUUCGGACGACAUCUCGCCGAUGAUGGAAGCCCCGCUGCCGCCUCACGCAACCCUUCCGAUAGCGUUAGUUCCUCUGCAGAAAUCAUCCCCGGAGCGGAGGAUCACCCAGAAGGAAAUUAUCGCCGGCGAGGAGCGGCCUAAAUUCCUCACCAUCAAGCAGGUGCAGGAUGCCUCGCAGGUGACGUCGGGCAACGAGACGGGUUCCACGGCGGUGCCGCCUUCCUCCGCAGGUGCUGUCAACGCCAGCGAUUUGCGAAGCUUGCAGCAGCAGCAACAGCAGCAGAAGCAACUAACUCAGCAGCAGAAAUCUGGUUCCGGAGAUACCGCCGGCACACAGCAACAAGCCUCUAUCAAUAGUCAUUAUGAAAUAGGAAAGCAUAAACCAUUAAGCACGGCUCAGGCGAUAAGCGGCAUCCUGAAGGGCGGGAAACUGUGGAAGAACGAACACCAACAGCAGGGGCAACACCAACUGCAGCAGCAGCAGCAGCAGCCAAAGUCACAGCAGCAAUCAGCACAGCAAACCCAGCAGGGGCAGCUACAGCAGCAACAACAACAGCAACAACUGCAACUACACCACCAGCAACAGCACAAUCAGCAAUCGAACCAGAACGAUGACUCGACCAACGUCACGUCGGAUGAGGAAACCAGUUCGAAGCGGUCGGUUCGCUUUAACGAGGAAUCCACCAUCCGGGAGGCGUGCUGCGACGGAGAGGUUCAAUCCGGCCUAGGUGAAGGCGAAAUGGGCACCGGAAAGCCCAUCAACUACAUGUCCGACACGCUCAAACGGCACUCGUCCGGGCUGUUCCACAACGCACUCCGACCCAAUUCGGCCGUUCGGCAGCUGUUCCCCAGCACGGUCAUCCACAUGUCGUCGACGGCAGCGGCGGCGAUGACGACGGCUACCACCACUGUGGCAACGGGUGCGAUGCUGGCCGCGGUCAACACGACCAACGCCAACACCACGGCCGGUAAUCCGACGGCCCUCACUCAGGAGGCACUGAAGGCAUUUGACGACUCGAAGAAGGCCACCCUGGUCCAUCAGCACAGCAUCACCAGCAAUAGUAGUAACAACAACAUCAACACCAGUGGAUCGGUGGCGAAUUCGGUCUCCGGUGGCAGUCCGGGAGGUGGCGGCGGCAGUGGAGGCGGGGCUGGCGAAACCGAUACCAUCCGGAGAACGAUUGAAAGGAACGCUCUGCGGCGGUCGCUCAUCAAAUAUGAACCAAAGAAAAAGAUACCGAUCAAGGAUGUCACUUCGCUGGAGGAACGUAUCCGGCAGCUAACGUGCGAUAUCGAUGAGCCAAUCGACGAAAGUGCCGACGGUGAACAGGGACAUGACGGAGACCUCAACGAGAUGGAACGGCGGGAUAGUCCGGCCGGUGAGGAGAACCCGCAACAACCGAAAUACAUUCCGGACAAAAGCUUUUCGCCUAGUUCGUCGGCUUCCAGUUCCUCGAGCGGAUCCAACGGUUCGACCUACAAGAAGAUAACAGAUCUGUUCCAUCGGGAUCGACGGCAUGAGAAAAUCCCCGAAGCGGACGAGAAUCCGAUUGUGAUUAUCCCGCAGGUUUGUCCAUCGGAAUCGGACUGUCGCUGCCCGGCUGGUCCAGACAUAGGAAUGGGAGUUCAAAUUCAGGGUGUUCACACGCAAAUCCAUCAACCACCUCAACAACGCCAGGCGGAUUCACGGAGGCAGUUCCUGUCGACACUGGCUCCUUUGACGGCAUGCGUUGCUGGUCAACGCGAUGAUCUGUCGUACUACACGCUGGCCCAACCUGGGGAUAGAAACUCCAUGGGAAGUUCUCAAUGCACCGAGUAUAGCUUAGGGGACAUUGAUGCCGCUUUGCAUGAUGACGACGGCAAGAAGGUUGCUCCGGAUGUAAUUGCCGGAACACCUGGUCAAGAAUCGGAUGAAUUGGCAGCAUUUGUACAGCAGGAGGGAGCUCGAACGGAACGUUUGAAGAAACGGUAUAGUGCGGAGACAUCCACCUCAGCACCCGCCUCGGGUGCUGGAUCGGACGAUGACGAGCACAAUGAUUACGGAUUUAACUCUAGGCCUACAGUGCGAGGUAUAAAACCUCGAUUCGGGUCAACGAAUGAAAUACUUCAACAAAUGCAAGCUCAACUGGCCACGCCUACACCACCUCAGGCAAAGUCUCAAACUAGUGCUGCGCCAACGCAACCCGUUCAAUCAAAUACGCUUCCAAGGCCUCACACAUCAAGCAGUAUGCAGCUGGCAGCAGCCAAGCAACAGAUCACCACCCAUCAGCAUACCGCAUCUUGGAGUUACUAUCCAGUUGAAAGUCCGCAGACUAAAGCUGUGGCGGCAGUGGCUGCAGCUGCUAGCACUGGAACUAAUAUGGUCACGGCUGUGGAUCCGCAUGGAAACUAUUACCACAUUCCAGCUCAAGCUCGCCAUAGCUACCACGGCCAAGAGGCUAUCUAUCAGAACUGCGCCCAAUUACCGGCGGGCAACAUCCAGGCUAAUACAGUGCACGUUCAAUCGCAGCAAAUCCACACGCAACAUCACGCCGUCCAUACGGCUCAUCACAUACACCACGCCAAUCAAGCGGCCUACGGUAAGUUUGCGCGAAGUCCAACGCGUAGACCGGAGUCUCCGCCCCCGCUGAGGAACUACCAUCAAACGAUGGUUCUAAUCCCGUACAACGCAGAAACUUACGAACGGUACACGGCUCAGGAGCAGGAGAACUAUCGUCGGCAGCACAAUAUUGUUGAGUAUCAACAGGUUACCCAACAAACAAUUCGAGUUCCAGUAGGCUACCCCCUACCGGGUAUGCAGCUCCACGUAGUCGCUGGUCGAGGGACUUUGCCACCGCACUACUCUACCCUUCCGCGGUUGGGAUCCAGCUCUAGCGCGUCCACAAUCACCAACCCCACGCCCGGUCCCAACACCAAUGCCCCCCAAGGAAAACCACCAGCCUAUACGCAGUACCCCGUAGAUAAGGGUGGCGUCAAGUUUACCGAGCGGGGCGCUCCCGAAGGGGCGGCCAGUGUUCAACCGAACGACGUCACCAGUUUACUAUCGCCCACGUCACAAGGACACGGUCCACCAACGGCAGCAUUGGGUCCCCCGACGUCCGCCGCCAGUGCCAUCCAGGCUGGCAACACUGCCCAGAACAGCGCUGCCCAGGGUCAGGGGGCCGUAUUCUACGCGAUGAACGUUUGACACGGCGAUUAGAUAAAUGUCACGAUACGAAUUGAACCCAAGUCCAAGUGCGCUGGAACCGCGGAGGAUGAUUCGAUGCUAGCGGCGGAGGAUUUGGGUGAUGAUGGCGAUAGCGUAAGCAUCAAAAGCGAUCUCAUCUCUCUGGCUGCUUCAGUGGCGUCAAGUGGCCUGGAAUAGUGUGCAGAACGAGGGCGAAUACAACGAUUUAUGUACUUCCGAUGCGUGGGAGUGGUGUUGCAAGGGCAUGUGUGUAAGUAAUUGAAAGGAAUGCUGUUACGGGAAUGCUCAAGAGCUCUAUUGCACGUGUAAUAUUUGUAUUCAUUAGAUUUAGGCUUAGUCGAAAGAUUGGCUAGACAACCGAAGAUAAUUUACCAAAAAAUAUGAAGUUGAGCGCAUUGUACAUAGACCGUUAAGUUGAAAGUUUAGGAAAAAAUCUCGAUUGGACUGAUGCAGUCAUAAUAUCGCUAAUGUGCUCAAUCGCAUUCAAAACAAAUGGAGCGAAUUUAAUUGUUGAACAAAACAAAAUUUAUGUUUUCUAAGACGCGAUUCGGUUUGAAUCUCUUUUUGAAGGCCUAUUCCACAGAGGAAUGUACAUUCAAAUAACCGCGUACUUCUAGCGAAAACCCUGGUAGUAAUUCUUAAUUUUGGAAGCGUUUCACUUGAAGACAAAUGUUGAUACGAAGGUUGAUAUUGAAAGCUAUUUUUCCUUAUUUGUUAUCAAUUUAGGAUUAUGGUGUAUAUGUUGGAAUAGGAUUGUGUGCGUAAUAGUUUUGGCUCCAAUUAUCAAGAUUAUAUUUUUAUUUUUAAAUCUACCCAUCCUCUAAAAUUGCCGGAGUAGCUAAACAAGACUCUGU